GGGGCAGAAUGGAAAUAUCUUCGAAAGGCAUUCACCCACCCAGCGAUCAAAAUCCGGCUCCACAGCACUAUAAACCCGCCGCCGUUUGGCGCCAAAAUCAGAAAUUUUGAACAGAUGCCGCUUGCUGCUCCGUCGCUGGGAAAAAAUUUCUACAUUUUGAGAUUGCGAAGCAACAAUCUCGGUUCCCGGUUAGUUAAUCAAACUGAUUGAGGAGUCUUUUCCAUGGCAGACGAAGAUGAGAUUGUCCCAGCCUCUGAUAUUAGCGAUUCAAGCGACGACUACAUCGACAUUAACGGUGAAGCCUUUGAGGACGAGGACGACGAAGAAGAACAAUCCUCCAGUCCUUCUCCUUCAUCUGAUGAAGAUCUAAAGUCGAAGAAUGUUGAUGCCCUUUUGAGAGGUAACCUAGUCGUGAGAAGACAAUCGCUGCUCCCAAGAGUUCUCUCAGUGGCAGAAGGUGCAGCAGUUUGUAGAAAACCUUUUAAACCUCCUUGCUCAAGUGGCUACGAUGAAAGGAACAAUCAGCUUGCACGUCGGCUGUGGGCACGGAAACGAUUUGUUCCUUGGGGCUCUUUAAAACCAGCGUCAUCUGUUAUUUCCACUAAUUUAUUUCUCCCAAAAGCUGCUGAGAAAGAUGUAGAGGAGGAAAGUGUAACUCUACCACCUGGGAUUGAUCCUUUGGUGUUGUGGCAACCCGAAGACUCUGAGCUUAAUGUCACGAAUUUAGCAUCAAUAACGGUUGAUCCAUUGCUAGUUCGUUUCCUUCGCCCUCAUCAGAGAGAAGGUGUACAGUUCAUGUUUGAAUGUGUUUCCGGACUACACAAGGCGACAGACAUAUUUGGGUGCAUUCUGGCGGAUGAUAUGGGUUUGGGAAAAACAUUGCAGUCGAUCAGCUUGCUGUAUACCCUUCUAUGUCAAGGUUUUGAUGGAAAGCCAAUGGUUAAAAAGGCUAUCAUUGUUACACCUACUAGUCUCGUGAGUAAUUGGGAGGCUGAAAUUAAGAAGUGGGUUGGAGAAAGGGUUCAGCUUAUUGCUCUCUGUGAAAGUUCUAGAGAGGACGUUGUCUCUAGCAUUGACAACUUUGUACAUCCCAAGAGUUCUUUACAGGUGCUGAUUAUUUCAUAUGAGACAUUUCGUAUGCAUUCAUCAAAGUUCGGCCAAAGUGAAUCAUGUGAUUUACUCAUAUGCGAUGAGGCUCACCGACUGAAGAAUGAUCAGACGUUGACUAAUCGGGCAUUGGCUGCCCUGUCUUGCAGGCGUAGGGUCUUGUUAUCAGGAACUCCAAUGCAGAAUGACCUAGAAGAGUUCUUUGCCAUGGUUAACUUUACCAAUCCAGGAAUUUUGGGUGAUGUUUCACAUUUCCGUCGAUAUUAUGAGGCACCAAUUAUCUGUGGGAGAGAACCUAUUGCUACCGAGGAAGAGAAAAAGCUAGGUGCUCAACGUUCGGCUGAACUAAGCGAAAAGGUUAAUCAGUUUAUCCUACGGAGGACUAAUGCACUUUUAUCAAAUCACUUGCCACCAAAGAUAGUUGAAGUCAUUUGCUGCAAGUUGAGUCCUCUUCAAGCAGACCUAUAUAACCAUUUUGUACAGUCAAAAAAUGUUAAGCGGGCAAUUACCGAAGAGCUAAAGCAAGCUAAGAUUUUGGCCUAUAUAACUGCACUUAAGAAGCUUUGCAAUCAUCCAAAGCUUAUAUACGAUACUAUAAAAAGUGGGAGUCCAGGAACUUCAGGAUUAGAGAGUUGUAUUCGGUUUUUCCCUCCAGAGAUGUUCUCUGGAAGGUCUGGUGCAUGGACUGGUGGAGAUGGGGCUUGGGUUGAAUUAUCAGGGAAAAUGCAUGUCCUAGCUAGGUUACUAGCCCACUUACGCCAGAGAACUGACGACCGUAUCGUUCUUGUCUCAAACUACACUCAAACGCUAGAUUUGUUUGCUCAACUGUGUCGUGAAAGGAGGUACCCAUAUUUAAGGCUUGAUGGAUCCACAUCAAUCAGUAAAAGACAAAAGUUGGUCAACCGUUUUAAUGAUCUGUCAAAGGAUGAGUUCGUUUUUCUAUUGAGCAGCAAGGCUGGUGGAUGUGGUCUGAAUUUGAUUGGUGGAAAUCGUUUAGUUCUGUUUGAUCCUGACUGGAACCCUGCAAAUGAUAAGCAAGCUGCUGCAAGAGUGUGGAGGGACGGACAAAAGAAGAGAGUAUUCAUCUACAGAUUUUUAAGUACCGGAACGAUUGAAGAAAAGGUGUACCAGCGACAAAUGUCAAAAGAAGGGUUACAAAAAGUUAUUCAGCAGGAGUCAACAAAUAACCUUACGACCCAGGUGAACUUCCUUUCGUCUGAGGAUUUACGCGAUUUAUUUUCGUUUCAUGAUAACGUCAGGUCGGAAAUCCAUGAAAAGAUGAACUGCAAUCGGUGCCAAAAUUGUUAUGGUAGGCCCGAGGACAUGGACGAAGACCUGUCUACAAACGGAGCUUGUCAGUCUGACCAAGUAACUUCUGACAUUGGCGGAUUUGCACAACUUGCUGGAUGCUUAGACAAGUUGAAGAAAUCAGAGCAACAGGUGGGGUCUCCUCUAGAAGAAGAUUUAGCCAACUGGGGGCAUCAUUUUGACUCUACUACCGUACCUGAUACCAUUUUACAAGCUUCUGCUGGUGAUGAGGUUACAUUCAUUUUUUCAAAUCAAGUUGAUGGAAAGCUUGUACCCGUUGAAUCGAUGACUAGCCCAAGGGUGAAAGAAGCAGAGGGAAAUGGGAACAACUCCGGAUUGAACCAAAACACAAGGCAGAAACCAUUUUUACUAUCUCAACAUAGAAAACCUUUACAAUCCGUUACUUCUAAUGAAGACCCCAACAAAGGCACAUUGAUGGUGAAAGGAAUAUUAUAAACUGAUGAAGAGUUGAGAUUUUGACUUCAUGGAGGCAUUAUAACAUGACUUUCAAGACAGCAAAAAUUUGUUGUUGGCAAACAUGUGACUCAAAAUGCUCCAAACUCAGAUCUCUUUAAGGACAGAAGAUUAAUGUAAACUCAAUUACUCAGAUCUCUUUAAGGACAGAAGAUUAAUCUAAACUCAAUUACUUUUAAAA